AGUUCAGUAAAAUUAUUUACAAGGUUAACAGCAUUGAACGUAUUGCUCCCGCUUGGAUUACAUGGAUAUAAAUUAUGAAUCAAUUUGUGAUUUUAGUUAUUUAUUAAUUGAUGAAAAUUUUGUACGUUGCAUUGCAGUUGUUAAACUCGCAUGAUUGGGAAAUAAAACGUGGCGUUCGUGAUCGAAUAAAAAAUAUAUAAGUAAUAAGUGGAAAAAGGUCGGAAAAAGGUUGAAAACCAACUUGAAAACCGAUUAGGUAAAGCGUAAAAAAGUGAUGAAAUUAUCCAGCUGUGUUCUGUUCUCAGUGGAAAUUCCGCAACGGUAAACCAUUAAUCCGCAAAACAAACGAAAAUCGAUCGAAUGUAAAAGUUUUAUGUGAAACUAGAUAAGAUAUAUAUUACAGUGAUUUACUAAAAGUGGAGCUUCAAGCGCAUUAUCGUAGAAUCUUAAUUAGGAAACAUUCAUCUCUUUUGCCAAAAAAGCAGAAAAUUUCCAUUCGACUUAACCAAGCUGAAAAUAUAAAAUAAAAUGAAAAUGAAGCUUCGACUAGAAGUUCCAGAUGUGAAAAUUUAUUUAGUCCUUCUACUAGUGAUUGUGAUAGUAAAAACUAGUGGUGGAGAUUCGCCUGCGUCUUAUUGGGAGGAAAAUUAUUCACAACCUUACUUUGACAAUACAACAAGACGCGAUAUUACUGUGACAAUUGGACAAACAGCGAUCCUUCAUUGUCGUGUGAGAAAUCUUGGCGAUAGAGCUGUAUCGUGGAUCCGGAAACGUGACUUGCACAUUAUGACUAUUGGCAUCUUGACAUACACAAAUGACCAACGUUACCAAGCGAUUCACACCGAAGGCUCUGAUGAGUGGUCGUUACGAGUCACGUCGCCUCAACCGCGAGAUUCUGGCGUCUAUGAAUGCCAAGUUUCAACGGAGCCAAAAAUAAGUCAAGCAUACCGAUUGAAUGUUGUGGUAUCGAAAGCGAAAAUUCUUGGCAAUCAAGAGCUUUACAUCAAAAGCGGCAAUGAUAUCAAUUUAACUUGCACAACAUCACAGAUCUCAUCUCCUCCGUCUUUUAUCUAUUGGUACAAGGGUGGUAGAGUAGUAAAUUAUUCGCAACGUGGCGGCAUCAACGUCAGCACAGAUCGUACGACUAAAACGAGCAACUUAGUUAUAUCGAGAGCCACUCCCGCUGAUUCGGGAAAUUACACAUGUGCACCAAGUAAUUCAGACGCUGACUUUGUCAUGGUGCAUGUCAUAAGCAACAUUGAUGCAGCCGCUAUGAAACAUGGCAACAACAGCGGAACCAGCCUUGGACAUUCGUCGCUUAGUCGUGACUACAGUAAAUUGCUGCCUUUGGAUUAUUGCAUUUAUUUGACUAUUAUUCAGUUUUGUAAAAGCAUUUUCCAGAUAACCGUACAAAGACCAUAA